UAAUAAUAUAUUAUUUCUCAAUUCAUUUUUCUUGCUCCAUGCUUCCUCUUCUAAGUUCUGACCCUUUUUCUCCCACUUUUCCUCCAUGUCCAUGGCCUUGAAAUUUUCCCAUUUAGUUUUCAUCACUCUUUGGCUCUCUCUUCUCUUGUUCUUAAUGUUUCAUGAGUUGUAUAAUUUCAAGUCCAAGAAUAUCUAUAUUCACAGACACAGCAGCAGCAGCAACAUCACCAUUACAUCUUCUUCAUCACUUGUACUCUCUCGUUACCCUUUGAUUAAUAGAAAAGUUCUAGCGAGCAAAUUUGACUUCACCCCAUUUCAGAAACAUCGUCAGCAUGAAAAGCUUAAACCUUCGGCGGAUGACAAGAAAGUGCAACCACAACAGCCAGCUGCUGAAACUGAGAUUGAUCCGCGUUAUGGUGUUGAAAAGCGUCUUGUCCCCACUGGUCCAAACCCACUGCACCAUUGAUCAUUAUUUUCUCAGGUGAUUGAAAAAGAGAAAAUAAAGGACUGGUUAGUGAAACCUAUAAUUACUACUUUCAUCAUCAUUUUUCUUUCUCUUUUUCUAUCAGUUUCCUAUUUUCAUGAAA